UGCUCUGCCACUCUUCUCUGUGCCUACGACUUCUCAAUUUCAAGCCCACAGCUUUGCUCUCUUCCUCCUUCCGAUCUCCCGGAACCCGAACCCUAGUCGCCUGAGCUACCUUAGCUAGGACUAGCUAGCUAGGAGCUUUUUUCAGGGUCUGAGCGCGAUGGGGUGGGCGGCGCGGUUCCUCACGGCGGUGUCCUUCCUCGCCGCGGGCGUCCUCUUCGCGCCGGACGCGUUCCUCGGCGACCGCUCCGGCGCCGCGGCAGCGAGGCUGGCGCACGUCCUCUGCUUCGCCACCGCCUGGGGCGCCUCGCUCUGGGUCACCUUCAUCGGCGGCAUCGUCAUGUUCAAGCAUUUGCCAAGGCACCAGUUUGGGAGUCUACAAGGGAAAAUGUUCCCUGCGUACUUCAUGUUGAUAUCAGUGUGCUCAGCUAUAUCAGUGGCAGCUUUUGCGUAUCUUCACCCCUGGAAGACGGCAUCGACCAUUGAGCGUUAUCAGCUUGGGUUCCUGAUUUCAGCUCUUGGUUUUGACCUUUCCAACCUUCUGGUCUUCACCCCCAUGACCAUUGAGAUGAUGAUGAGGAGACACAAGAUCGAGAAGGACCUCGGCAUCGGCGGCGAGGUCGGGUUCUCGAGGAACACGGCGGCGGCGAAGACGAGCCCGGCGCUGACGGCGAUGAACAAGAAGUUCGGGAUGAUCCACGGCCUGUCGUCUCUGGCCAACAUCAUGGCCUUCGGCAGCCUGGCCAUGCACUCCUGGUACCUCGCCAGCAAGCUCCAAAUCUGACACUGACACUGUCAUCACACUGCUGCUCCCAUGGCGCCAUGGCCUGUGAGUUCUGAAUCUUGUUGCCAGUUCGCUGCUGAUCAAAACUUUCAGUAGGUCUACUUACUAUCUACAGAUAAAAGGAAGAGACUUUGCUUAGUCUUUCUGUAAUAAUUGUGCAAUAGUUUGGAGAAAUAAUAUACAGUAUUCCUGUGA